AUGACGACUACCUUGGUGCCUCUCCCUGUCCGCCGCCAUCAAAGGCCCCAUCGGGUAGGCGGCUGGCUGCCCAGGGACCCCAAUCUUGUCGUCGGCUAUCUGCGUGAUCUCAUGGAUGAGGUCAAGAAGCACAGGGCAUCUGGUCCACGCGGCAAGCUGAUGCUGAGCGAGCCCAUCCAGGAUCUCAAAGAUCUCAUUGAGAGCACUGCCGAGCUUCGAAUGUUGGCCCAGGCCAUGUUUGACGAAGUCCCCGACAAGGCACCGUACAAUGAAGACCCUGUAGGAAACAAGCAGAUUGAAAGCUACCAAGAAAUGCUCGAAGUAUUCGAGUUUGUCAUGAACCACAAGGCCCCGUCGUGGAAAAAGCUCGAAUAUGAUGUGGGCUUGAUUGGUUUUCCAUUCAACGCUAUCCUGGACUGGCCCAUGGGCACAGGCAGCGGAUACGCCUUCUUUCUCAAGGCAGAGGUCAAUGCAAAGCUCAAGGUGAUCCUUGACACUUGGAAGCAGGAUGUUCUGAUGACUGAAAAGUCCAAAUAUGUCAUCACCACCAAUCCCGACGGAUGGCUGAGCCAAGAGUCUCUUGUGCACAUCCAAAACGACACCAACGUCGUCGGCGAAGAGCUGACUUUUGAGCAAAUCUUCAAGUGCGAUCCUGUGGGAGACCCCGAGCACUGGGGCUUCAAAUCUUGGGACAGCUUCUUUAUCCGUGAAUUCAGAAACAUGGACCAGAUCCGCCCGGUUGCCUUCAAAGACCAGCCACAGUGGGUAGCCAAUUCGUGCGAGUCCAAACCCUUUGCCCUCCAGUCAAACGUCCAAGAGUAUGACUCCUUCUGGCUCAAAGGCCAGGCGUACUCUGUAAAAGAGAUGCUUCACGGGCAUGAAAAAGCAGACCAGUUUGUUGGCGGCACCGUCUAUCAGGCCUUUUUGAGCGCCACUUCCUACCACCGCUGGAACUCGCCCGUCUCUGGCAAAGUUGUCCACACGGAGGUUGUUGACGGCACAUACUUCUCAGAGCCUACCAUCACCGGUUUCACCGCACCCGAAGGCCCUGAUCGAGCUGCUCCUGAUCUUGCCCAGGGUUACAUCAGCCACAUCGCCACGCGAGCCAUCUUCUUCAUCCAGGCCCCAGAGCCAAUUGGCCUCAUGGCAGCAAUCUACAUUGGAAUGGCCGACGUCUCGUCUUGUGACAUUCUGGACAAGUUCAGCAGCAAAAAUCUGCCCGCGACGGUCGAGAAGGGAGAGGAGAUUGGUACGUUCCAUCACGGUGGCUCCACGCACUGCUUGCUUUUCCGACCGGGUGUCAAUCUUGCUUUUGUGACGGGAGCUAUCCCUGCGAAUGCAAAGAAGAACUUGCCAAUUCGAGGAGCAUUGGCAUAUGCGUAUAAAGAAGAGCCAGGGACACAAUAUCAGACACAUCAGGCACAUCAAACACAUCAAGAACAUCAGGCACAUCAAGGAUACCAAGGGCAUCAAGGACAUCAAGGACAUCAAGGACACCACGGUCACUACUAG